AAACAAACAACAUCCUUACUCAUCUAUAUACUCAUUAAAAAAAAACAUAUGAAGACUGUUUUUUUAUCACUCACCCUUACCUUCCUCCUAUUUGGUUUCACCACCGGUUUUUCCUUAACUUUCUCAAAUGAUGAGCAAGUAUUGGACACAAACGGUAACCCUAUUAUCUUAGGUGGCGAAUAUUACAUUUUUCCGGCAACUGUAGACCACCACAAAGGUGGACUAAGACUCGCAAAAACCGGCGAUUCAAAAUGUCCCGAUACUAUCUUACAAAAUGUUAAUAUCACAGGUUUACCGGUGAAAUUCACCAUACCAAACAUAAGCAAUGGUAUAAUCUUGAUAGGUACCAAAUUUGAUAUUGAGUUCACUAAGAAGCCUAAUUGUGUUAAAUCAUCAAAAUGGCUAAUAGUAUAUGAUUAUGAAGAUGAUCAGCUUAUUUUUUAUUUUGGUAUUGGUGAUCCUGAAAGCAAACCUGAAACAUCAAUUCCUGGCAUAUUUUAUAUUGAGAAAUAUGAAAAUGCUUAUAAGAUUGUAUUUUGUAAUGAUGAUUUAGGGGGACUUAAUUGUAAAGAUGUUACGAGGAAGGAUUUUAAAGAUGGUGAAUCACGUUUGGUUGUGUCGCCUGAGCAUCUACAGGACCCUUAUCCAGUUGUGUUUGUCGAUGCUCCUUCUUUUGAAUCUGGUAUUGCUAUGGAUGUGAAGUUUUGAGUGUUAGUUUACAACUUGGGGUAAAUAUUGUUCAUUUAGUGUGUUCAUUUCUUAACAUCAAUGUUAAUAGGUUGGAUACUUUCACCGAGUUUGAACCGAGGUCUAGCAGUUGUGCGUAAGUUUCAGCAAUAUUUGUUACUUUGUCUACAAAUCAAAAUAAAUAAAUAAUUGCAACUGCUUUGUUGGUGUUGAUCUUGUAUUCCAUUUUAUUUGUUGGUGUUGAUCUGUAACUAUAUUUUAUCCUUUCUUACGAUAUAAAUAUAAUUAAAGGGUAAUGUAAAAU